AUGGCAGGAAUCGCACAGGAUUGGGAACCAGUUGUCAUCCGGAAGAAGGCUCCCACUGCUGCUGCUCGUAAGGAUGAGAAAGCCGUCAACGCCGCUCGCCGUUCCGGCGCCGAGAUCGAAACCCUUAAGAAGUCAAAUGCUGGCACAAACAGGGCUGCUUCAAGCAGUACGUCUUUGAACACCAGGAAGCUUGAUGAGGACACAGAGAAUCUAGCUCAUGAGAAGGUUCCUAGUGAAUUGAAAAGAGCCAUCAUGCAAGCUCGAUUGGACAAGAAACUGACACAAGCUCAACUUGCUCAGAUGAUAAAUGAGAAACCCCAAAUCAUCCAGGAAUAUGAAUCUGGAAAGGCCAUUCCAAAUCAGCAGAUAAUUUCUAAACUCGAGAGGGUUCUCGGGGCGAAACUGCGAGGAAAGAAGUAA